UUGCUGAGUAGGUUUUCUUCUGGCACAAGGAAUUUUCAUACCUGCGCCCCUUUGGUUUUCAAAACACCCCCUACUUCUUCGGGUAGAAAGAUCAAAAUGGCGUCGAGAAUUUUAUCACGAAGUGCCAUUUCCAUUUUCAAAAAUGUGUCCAAGGCUGGCAGGCAAACCACUGCCCCAUUUUCCGUUGGAGCCGUUCGCCGAGAUAUCCUUGAUGAGGAGCUGAAAAAAAAGGAAGCUCCUUUAGUUACCGUUGACUCUGGCACCCACCCUCAUCAGGCUGGAGUAACCAUUACUGUUUCAGGAAAGGAGUAUCUUGCCCCUGUGACAGGAAUUCCUGAGGAGCAAGUUAAGACUAGGCUUGUUCGUAUCUUCAAACCAACUCGCAACACAAUGCAGUCUGGCUCUGCCAACACUCAUCACUGGGAAAUGGAAUUUGACGGCCGUGAGCGAUGGGAAAAUCCUUUGAUGGGAUGGUCAUCAACUGCUGACCCAUUGUCAAACAUGAAGGUGCCCUUUGCGUCUGAAGAGGAAGCCAUCGCCUUCUGUGAAAAGAAUGGAUGGCAGUGGUACAUCGAGCAGCCCAAACCAACCAAGUCCAAGGUGAAAAAUUAUGGCAUCAACUUUGCUUGGAACAAGCGCACCCGUACUUCCACCAAGUAAUCAAAUCAAGGCCAAUGUAGUCAGUCUUUCGGCCUUGGAGGGGGGGUUUAAAUUCUGUCAUAUUGUACAUACAAUCUGUUGAUGCUGUGUUAAUGUAAUGAUAAAUAAAUAUGCGUGUAAAUAUAUACACUCUUGACCGA